AUGACUCUCCCAACGCUGACCUUCAUUUUCUGUGGGUUGUUGACUCAGAUGACCGAAGCUGGCCUGGUCCAACGUAGAUGCUGGGACAAUAAUGUAGGAUACUGCAGAGUUCGCUGUCUGGAUAAUGAGAGGUACAUCUUACUUUGUGAGAACAAGAAGUCAUGCUGCAUAACGGACACAUAUUCAAAAGUACAUAGUCAUCAACCUGGUUCACCAGGUGUCCCAGUUGUAUCAGGUUCACCAGGCUCAACAUUUCAAGAAACUCCUGGGUCGACUAUACCGCCAACUACUGAGGGUUCUAAAACACCAAUCCCUUGA